AACGGGCAACCUGGCCACCUUCACGUAUCGUCCGCUAGGAGCGGUAGUUUCGUUUGUUGGUUUUACGAUCACGAUCGUGAUCGAUGGAGGUUUGCGGGUUGGAAGUGUUGGUUGUUCAGAGGGGGGUAUACUCCACGCGGUGUACAUCGAGUACGUCAAUUAAAUGGUACGAUUUUUUUUUUUUCUUUAGAUGGGGGAUUAAUAAAAUUAUCAAUUUUGAAUUUUUUAAAACCAUAAAAAAAUCGCAAGUGCAACAUAUCGAUUGUUAUGUUUUCAUGUAUGACAAUUCGGAAAAUGAGUUUAUUUUUCACGUACGAGUUCGUUAAACCCUUGAAAUUUGAUUUUUUUUUUUACUUAGAAUCGUGAGAAAUAAAUGAAGUGAAGGAUGGAGGAAUUUCUUAUGAUUUAUUUUUUUUCUUACGAAUUCAUCUUCUUACUAUUUUUUCUUUCUUAUGAAUUCAUCUUCAUACUCGAAUACAUGAUCGAUCCUAUAUGAAGAUGAAUUCAGACGAUUCAGAAAAUGUGUUUAUUUUUUUUUGAUAGGAGCUGUACUUCAUCCUGAUGCAAACAGCAGGUAUUGAACUUUGAACUAAAAAUAAUUGAAAUUUUGAUCGAACACAUAGGUAUUUUAUUCUCUUCAAAUGGUUAUUCACCUCAUAGGUACCUAUUUUAUUAUUACAAAAUGAACGUAAUUUUAUUCUCUUUAAAAUGGAUGCUUAGGUAGGUACGAUAUUAUUGUAAAAUGAUCGUAAUUUUAUUCUCUUCAAAAUGGUUCUUCAUCCAGAUACAAGCGGUGUGUAUUGAACUUCGAACUCUGAAAUUUUGAUCGAACACAUAGGUAGGUAUUUUAUUUUUAAGUGGGUGCUUAGGUAGGUACAAUAGAAGUGAUUGGAAAAAUAACGGUACUCAAAUUAAUUUUUUUUUGUCUAAUCGUCAAUUCAUUCAUGUAAAAUGAGUGUUUUGCUUCAUCAUUCGAUUUUAAAAUGCUGAAUUGACGAUUCAGCAAAUUAAAUUUUGCAUGUAUAUUUACCGUUUUUUUUUUCUAUAACCGUUACUUUGACCAUUAUAAAACAGAUAUUUGCCCGGAAAUUCAUAUCAGUUGUUCUGUUCUGUUUUCAUCAAUAAUUUCGACUUUCGCUUGUGAACUGUGAUCGUAUUUUUUUUGUCCAAAUAACAACUAUAAUAUUUUCAUUUUUCAUCUCGCUCCGUAUUCGUUUCGUUAUUGUAACUGAUUAGAAUAAUUUUUGUCCUUAGCUUGCAAACCAAAGCUUUGAUCGAUUCCGUUUUUAUUGAUAAUUUUAUUUAAAAUUUUCAUCUCGAUACGUUUUCGUUUGUUACAAGAUUUUUGAAUUUUGCGAAUUAUUCAUUUUUGAAAAUUUGCUACUGUUUUACCUGUUCCCCAAGGGUUCAUCUCGUGUUGUUUUCAUCGAAGGUGUUUGUUUCUUCUCGACUUUUUUUUGAUUUUGAUUUCCUGUGUUCUAAAGAAGAAGAAAAAAAUGGCUUCAAAUAAUUCCUCUACGUCUACGUCUACAUCAUCAUCGUCAUCUUCAAGCUUAACCAUGACAAACAAUCCAGUUGAAUAUCGUUUUACUGCUAGCUGCCCCGAUUUCGUUGCGCAGGAUAUAAUUUACAUACUGGAAAAUAUAUUUGACGAAUCGUCAUGGAUGAAUGUCAAGAUAGAGGAAAAAGGAGAACAUACAGUAGAAUUUACAAUUCCUUUUCCGGUUAAAUUGCAGACCGUCAUAAAAAAAGUAACAGAGGCAGGUUUUGAAAACCUAUCAAUUAAUACCAUAAAUGUAUCGGAAGUGUCCAGGAAACGAUUUUUAGAGUUAAAAACUCUGCAACAAAAAAAACGCAAGUUGAUGAACAGAAUGCUUAUACGUGAAGGAGGUGAAGAAGAAGUCAAUGAUGGAAACUGAAAAAAAAUUUGUUGAUCUACUUACUGAUUUUAUUCAACUUGUAAUUCCAUGUUUUCUUUAAAUUAUUUUUUUUUUUUUUCAUUGAAAAUACAUAAUGAAUACUUCUGAGAA